CAACUACUUUACUGCCCGUAACACAUCCUGUAGCACGCGUACUACAUCUUACGACUGUUUAGUAAAACGUGAUGCAGUUUCUCUGUAUAACGAUUUUAUGUAGAUUUUUAUGGUGCGAUAUCAUAUUCGCCUAGGCCGCCUACGCACUUCCGAAAUUUUCACACUCAAUUUGUGAAUUGUUUUGUACCUGAUAGAAUUUGCAAAACCACACUUUUUUAAUUGGACGUUAUAAAUACUUCUGACCUUUCAUUUCUUGAUUGCUUCCACAUUGCUUUCACAAGUCGAUAAGUCGUUUCACUCUCAUGACUGCCGUUAUUCGUGGCGGUGUAUUUUCUUGAUUCUGAUUGUAUGACAGGUGACAAUGAUAGAUUUCACGAAAAUGUUAAAGUUUUGCAGCAUCAAUGGAGUGGAGGUCGUCUUAUGUAGAAACAUGUAGUGAAAUGAGUUUUCUGCAAUUUUGGCCACAAUGAAAAGUAAUAUAUAGUACAAUAGAAUUAACCAUGUAUCUUUGUUCAACCACAAUAUCAUUGUUUUAUUUUGGAGUAAUUAUGAUGUAUUAAGACGUAGAGAAUUGUAGUGAAUUAUAAAUCAUGGAUUACGAGUAUAUGCCCUUUCAAAGGGAAAAGGAUAUUCAUAAUAAAUGUUGGGGUGGAAAAUUUUGGUGCAUUAAGGAUAUAUGUGGUAUCAUAUGUGCUGUGCUAACAUGGCUGCUAAUUAUUUAUGCAGAAUUUGUAGUCAUGGCAGUAAUUCUCAUUCCCAGUAUAAACACUGUUUAUUCCAGUCUGAAUAUGAUUAUAUUUCAAACAUUAGCUUUUUUGGCUUUUGCAUCACAUCUUAGGACUAUGUUCACAGAUCCAGGUGCCGUUCCUAAAGGAAAUGCAACAAAGGAGAUGAUUAAACAAAUGGGACUUAGAGAGGGUCAAGUAAUAUUUAAGUGUGCCAGGUGUUGUUCUAUCAAACCAGAUAGAGCACAUCACUGCUCUGUUUGCCAAAGGUGCAUUAGAAAAAUGGAUCAUCAUUGUCCUUGGGUUAAUAACUGUGUAGGGGAAAAUAAUCAAAAAUACUUUGUACUCUUUACUUUUUAUAUAGCUGGCAUUUCACUCCAAUCGUUCUUCCUUUGCGUUCAACAGUUUACAACAUGCGUGAGACAAGAAUGGCGAGAAUGUUCCACUUUCAGUCCUCCUGCUACCGUAGUACUGCUAUUAUUCUUGACAUUUGAAGCACUUUUAUUUGCUAUCUUCACUGCUGUAAUGUUGGGAACUCAAUUGCAAGCUAUAUGGAAUGACGAGACGGGCAUCGAACAGUUGAAAAAAGAGGAAGCAAGAUGGGUUCGUAACAGUAAAUGGAAGUCUGUACAAGCUGUAUUUGGAAGAUUCUCUAUUGCCUGGUUUUCUCCUUUCACAUCACCCCCAAAUGCUAAAAUGAAGCUAGAAUCCUAUUUAUAUUCUGUAUAAGGUAUUUUAAUAAUCGAGUCAUAAAUCUCCCAAAUGGCGAUGAUAUGUAUAUAUAACAACGUAAAUCACAUAUAAUGUGUUAUGCCUAUAAAUUUACAAAUUACAUACGCGCAUGUCAGAUUUAACUUAAUAUCAUAUUAGAAGUUCUGCAAGGAUAUUUGUACGAGUUCAUUUUGACACGUAAGAUAAUAUGCAGAAUUUCUUUCUAUUCAUGUAAUACUUAUCUCAGUUCAUUCAGGGAGCUCCAAGAACAAUAGAAACAGCAGCACUGAUAAAUUUUUUAGAACUAGUGCGAUAAUAGUAUGGUAUAAAUAGGAGUGUAGGUAUUUCUUGAAAAUUUAAUUAAUUGUACAAUGUUCCGUAAUUUGUAACAGUGCCUGAAAAUACAUUCGAUGACGUAUUUAUGUAUAAUGUA